UCAUGUGACCAUGAGUGUGAUAAAAAGCCAGGAACAUAUUACAGAGAAUAUCAUCAGUAAAGACAUGCAUCCUGGAGAAAGAGUAUGUGAAAGCCCAUUGCCUGUAAGAAACACCGUUGGUCAUUCAUCCUCACAUGGGUAUCGCAGAGAGCAAACUACAGGGAUACCAUCUGUAUGGAAGAAAGCCAUGGCACAAGCUUAUGUACAUCAGGAACAUUGGAGAGAUAUCCAUCAUUCUGAGUCACUUCAGGUAAUUGAAACUUCUCCCCAGGAGAAAGCCUGUGAAAGUCAAGAAUAUAAGGAAGCUUGUGGGAGUCUCAGUUUGGAUCAGCCUCAGGAGGAGAGAGCUCACACUGGAGUUACACUCAAUGAAAAUGCCGUAACAGGAUAUGCAUAUGUUCCCAACGAUGAAGGAAUCCAUAAAGAAGUGGAACGAUUUGUAUGUAAGCUCUGUGAAGAAUCUUUCAAUGAUUCUACUGAUCUUUACAACCAUGAAAGUAGUCAUAUUGGACAGAAAAGGUACAAUUGUAGGCAAUGCAGCAAAACAUUUAAAUAUGCAAAAUGUUUUGAGAAUCAUAAAGUAACUCAUACAAGAAAGAAUCCUUAUGUUUGUAAGAAUUGUGAAAAAACCUUUACAUGCUCCAGUCAUCUGAAGAAACAUCUAAGGAGUCACACUGGAGAGAAGCCUUAUACUUGUAAGAAUUGUCAAAAAUCCUUUACAACGUCCAGUCAUCUGAACAGACAUGAAAGAAUUCAUACUGGAGAGAAGCCUUAUGUUUGUAGGCUUUGUGGAAAAGCUUUUAACCGCUCCAGUCAUCUGAACAUACAUGAAAAUAUUCACAGUGGAGAUAAGCCUUAUGCUUGUAGGCAUUGUGGAAAAGCUUUUACUACCUCCAGUAAUCUGAAUGUUCAUGAAAGGAUUCAUAGUGGAAGGAAACCUUAUGUGUGUAAGCAUUGUGGAAAAGCCUUCACUGACCUUAGUAGUUACAAGUAUCAUGAAAGAAAGCACACUGGAGAGAAGCCUUAUGCAUGUAAGCAUUGUGGAAAAUCCUUCGUUGACUCUAGUAGUCAUAAGAAACAUGAAAGAAAACACACUGGAGAGAAGCCAUAUGCUUGUAGGCAUUGUGGAAAAGCAUUUACCUCCUCCAGUAAUCUUAAGAGACAUGAAAGGAUUCACAGUGGAGAGAAGCCAUAUGCUUGUACGUAUUGUGGAAAAGCAUUUACUACCUCCAGUGGUCUGAAAGUUCAUGAAAGCAUUCACAGUGGAGAGAAGCCUUAUGCAUAUAAAAAUUGUGGAAAAGCCUUCGGCCAGUCUGGGAGUCGUAAGAGACAUGAAAGGAAUCACACUAGAUAGAAGAAGUAUUAUGUGUGUAAAUAUGUGAAAACCUUUACCCCUUUUACAUCCUAACUUGAAUGGAAGAAAUCACUGGAAAGAAACAAAUUUUGUGUAAAGCAUGUGGGAAAUUCUUCAUUCAGUCUAGUGAUCUUUAACUUCAUAACUUUAACUGUGAAAAAAUUCAUUCAAAAGACAGACAUUAUUCAUGUAAGCAUUUAGGAAACACCUUCAUGACUCCAGUAGUCAUCACAGACAUGGAAGUGUCACACUGGAGAAAAGCCUUAUGCCUUUAAGCAUUGUAGAACAGCUUUCAGUCACUCUGGUAAUAGUGGACACGAAGUGCUUCACUCUAGUCAGUAGCAUAAUGCUUGGUAGCAUUGUGGAAAAACAGUUGGCACAAGAGGAGUAAAAAUAUUCACACUGGAGAGAAAUCCUUUCUUUGUAUUUGGGAAACUAUUUCUUUGUUCUUGUGAUUUUAUCGAGGAUGAAAGACCUCACACUCAUGAGCAACUGUUUCAAUGUUAGCAUUGUGGAAAAGCCUUGGCCACUUCAUGUUUCUGUGACCCCCAUGAAAGCAUUUACAUUGGAAAGGAGUUUAAUGUAAGUAUGCACCUAAGUAUUGUGCCAAAGCCUUCACCAGUUCCUGUUGCCAAGAUGUUCUCAAGAAUCCAUCCUAUAGAUGGGCCUUUCAUUGGUAUCCGUUCGGAAAAUACUUUAGCAGAGGUAGUUCCUCUUAUACUAAAAAAUUUAUUUCACUGGUGAAAACCUUUAUGUUUGGAAUAAAUGUGGUUGUUUAGAAUAAAUGAAGUUUAAUGUGAUUGUCA